AUGUUAGAUGAUUAUCUCAGUGAUGAUGAUAAUGAUGGAGGGAAACCUAAAGAAGAUGAUUUGGAGGAAGAACACAUAACUAAGAUAUAUUUCUGUAGUAGAACACAUUCUCAGCUCUCUCAGUUUGUACGAGAGGUCAUCAAGAGUCCAUAUGGUGAUGAUACAAGAGUGAUUUCCCUUGGAUCAAGACAGAAUCUAUGUGUCAAUGAAGCAGUAAAGAAAUUAAAAUCACUAAGUUUAAUUAAUGAAACAUGUCUGGAUAUGCAGAAAAAAGGUAAAAAAUCGACAGGUCAAGAUGGACCAAGUAACAAGAGAAGCAGAUUAACAACAUGUCCCUAUCAUAAAUAUGAUGUUUUACAGGACUUUAAAGAUGCUUUACUGCUGGAAGUGAGAGAUAUUGAACAGUUAGUUACUGUUGGUAAACAAAUGAAAGCCUGUCCAUAUUAUGGUACCAGAUACGCUAUACCAGCAGCUGAGAUAGUAGCAUUACCCUAUAAUACCCUACUACACAAAUCAACGCGAGAGGCUUGUGGUAUUAAACUCAAAGAUAACAUAGUGAUUAUAGAUGAGGCACAUAAUCUAUUAGAAACUAUUAAUAAUAUAUAUAGUGUGGAAGUCACUGGUGUACAGGCUUUACGUGCCCAUAACCAGUUGUCUCAAUAUGAGAAGAAAUACAGAUCUAGACUAAAAGCGAAGAAUUUGAUGUAUGUAAAACAGAUUUUAUUUGUUUUGUCUGCCAUUGUCAAAUGUCUUGGAGAGACCCAGCUUAAAACCAUCAAUGACUUUUUGUUUAUCACACAAUUAGACAAUUUGAAUUUAUUUAAAGUAUUGAGAUACUGUGAGAGGAGUCAGAUUAGCCGUAAGCUUCAUGGUUUUGUAGAAAAAUAUUCCGAUACAGAAAUAAACACAAGUAAGCUUUAUUCUCAAAUUUUUUUCAAAAUUCUAACCUUUCUGUUUUUAGAAAAACCUGCAGUAGUUCCAAUGAGAGAAUUUACUGAUAUGAGCUCUCCAUUGAUGCAUAUUGAAAGUUUUCUUCAAGCUUUAACUAAUGCUGAUAAAGAUGGAAGAAUUGUCAUUUCUAAACAAGGUUUAUUGAGUCAGUCCAGUAUCAAGUUUUUACUGUUAAAUCCUGCUGUCCAUUUUACAUCUGUAGUUCAAGAGGCUAGAUCAGUUAUAGUAGCUGGGGGAACCAUGCAACCUAUCUCUGAGUUUACUGAUCAACUUUUUCACUCCGCUGGUGUUAGCCCUUCCAGAGUCAUGACUUAUUCUUGUGGCCAUGUAAUACCAGGGGACCAUAUUCUACCUCUUACAGUAUCUACUGGUCCAUCAGGGUAUGAGAUGGAUUUUACUUUCCAGUCAAGAGAAUCUCCAGCACUUCUUGAUGAACUGGGUCGUAUUCUAGUCAACAUCAGUAACAUUGUACCAGGUGGUAUAGUCUGUUUCUUCCCAAGCUACGACUACGAGUCACUUGUAUUCAACCACUGGCAAAAAACUGGACUCAUUGAUCGCAUUUCAAAGAAGAAAAAGGUUUUAAGGGAACCAAGAAAAUCUGGAGGUGUAGAACAUAUUCUAUCUCAAUAUUCUACAGUCAUCAAGAGAUGUAAAUCGUUUGGUACUACCCAACCCCAGACGGGGGCUAUUUUAUUAUGUGUAGUGGGAGGGAAGAUGAGUGAAGGAAUCAACUUCUCAGAUGAUUUAGGAAGAUGCGUCGUAAUGGUUGGAUUGCCGUAUCCAAAUUUGAAAUCUCCUGAAUUGAAGGAAAAAAUGGAUUACUUGAAUGCCAAUUAUGUAAACAGUGAAGGGAGACAACCUGGUCAGAUACAUUAUGAGAAUCUGUGUAUGAAGGCAGUGAACCAGUCGAUUGGCCGAGCUAUAAGACAUCGCGGAGACUAUGCUACAAUCUUAUUGGUUGACAGACGGUACAACAGAAAUAACGUUGUUUCUAAAUUACCCAACUGGAUAAGCCAACAUCUUCUGAAGCUUGAAAAAUUUGGUUUGGCGUUAGGAGCAGUUUCAAAGGUAUAG